UAAAUCAUCAAACCAAACACCACUGACCAUUGUUGUCUUGUUGAGCUCGAAAAGAACUAGGAAACAGUGAAGCUAAAACUAAAGCUGUUUCCUUUCUUUUUCCAACGUUGGACAGUCAAUUGGUGACCUAACUUCAUUUCCGAUCAGGAGUUCUAGCAUGCGUGGGCGGAAAUAUGAGUCGGAAUUUCGGAAUUCCCAGCAGAUUCCCCUUUCGGUGCAACCUCUUAAUAGUGUGCCAUACAUUGGUUCGCCUACAUCUGUUGGUGGUGGUUAUCAUGCUUCUCCAAUCCCAACUAAGGGUAAUGCCGAAUCUGUCGAAGAAGUCGGGCCUUCCAUGAUACUUCUCGAUUCUAGCACAACUCGAAAAGAAUGGGACAAUAUAUUGGUUUCUGCUAAAAGUGCAGUUGCAUUAACCGGGAGUGCUGCCAUGGGAAUGGUGGGGCCGGUUUUAGGAUUAAUGGACAUCGGGGAAUGUGACGACGCUUAUCUGUUUCGCGUCUCCCUCCCUGGGGUAGCAAACAAUGGAAAUGAAUUUAGUUGUGAUAUUGAACCUGAUGGGAAGAUACAUAUAAGAGGAGUGACAACUACUGGUGAGAAAAUAGUGUGCAAGAAUUCCCAAAUAUUCAAGAUGCAAUCUCGAAAUCUAUGCCUGCCCGGGCAUUUCUCCAUCACAUUCCAGCUACCCGGUCCAGUUGAUCACCAAAAAUUUUCAGGUCAUUUUGGGAUCGAUGGAAUGCUAGAGGGGAUUGUGAAGAAAAAACAUGGCUGAAGAUUACAUGGAAGCAAGGAUGAAGUCCCUUUACCCGUAUGAAGUCCUCGACGAGAGUCGACUCUGUACCCUUUGUGAUUGUAGAAUAAGGACAAUAAGCUAGAGUUGGGUGAAGUUAGGCUUGUAGAAGGCGACACAUGACUACCUGAAAUAGUUGUAUUUGAGGAAUUACUCAGUGCAGCUUUUCCCUUGUGAUUGUUGAACGAGGGAGUUUAUGGUAAUACUAAUGUCUAUCAAUGUUCAGUCAUUUCUACUUUA